GGCGGGGGAGGGGGGGCGGCGGCGGAGGAGGAUGGCGGAGCCGCGCCGGGUGCCGUUCAUUAGCCUGUCACCCGUGCGGCGCCGCGAGGGCGAGAGCCCGGCGCUGGAGCGAGAACCGGCGGGCCGCGACCCGGAGCCACCUCCGGCGGGCCGUGAGGCGCCACCGCCGGAGUCGCCGCCGCACGAGCCGCCCAGCGACAGCGCUGCCCGCCCAGAGCCGCCCCGCGACCCUGGCCGGCCCGAGCAGCCGCCGCAGCGGGAGCCCCCCCGGCCCGAGCCGCCGCCGCUGCCGCCACCGCCGCGCCAGAGCGGGCGGCAGGAGCCGCCGCCGCCGCGGGAGGCGCUCCCGCUCCGCCAGACGGUCCGCCUGGAGGUGGUGCUGAAGGACCCCACCGAGGAGGGCUGCGUGGAGUUCAGCUACCCGGAGCUGCUGCUGUGCGGGGACUCGCGGAAGAAAUCAGUUCAUUUAGAGGAUCCAUUUAAUGAUGAACAACGUGAGCGACAUGAAGUAGAAAUGCUUGCCAAGAAGUUUGAGGCAAAAUACGGUGGAAAGCCCCACAAACAUCGAAAAGAUCGCCUGCAAGAUCUAAUUGAUAUAGGUUAUGGCUACGAUGAGACAGACCCUUUCAUUGAUAAUUCUGAAGCGUAUGAUGAAUUGGUUCCUGCAUCCCUGACAACCAAAUAUGGAGGGUUUUAUAUCAACACUGGUACACUGCAGUUUCGCCAGGCAUCUGAAUCAGAGGAUGAAGACUUUGCAGAAGACAAAAAACAUAGGCCACCUAAAAUAGCAAAGUUAAAAGAAAGUGAAGAUCGUGGAAUGAAGAAACGCAAGCGAAAAGAUGAAGGGACAGAAAAGGAGACAAAGCCUCGGAAAAUGAAAGUUCCUAAGCAGUUGGGAGUAAUGGCCUUAAAUUCACACAAGUCAGAGAAGAAGAAAAAGAAAUUGUAUAAAGACUCGCUCUCUUUGGCUGCCAUGAUCCGUAAAUUUCAAAAGGAGAAGGAAGCCAUGAGGAAGAAGGAACCUAGUCCAAAACCUUCAGUGACUGUUGCAUCCUCUACCCCUAGUAAAAUUCCUUCCUCCUCUCUCAGUGCAGGAAGUGAUCUCUCUGACUUGAACCUUAGGAUCAAUGAUCCUGUCCUCUCCAUUUUUGGUAGCACAAAUGAACCUGAGCUCUUGCAAGAAACUGAAAGUGCCCUAGAGAUGCUGGGAGACAUUGACUUUGACAAGUUGCUUGAUGGCACUUCUGAUGGCAGCCCGGUCUCUGAGCUGUCAGGAGAGAAUGGAAAUGUCACUCAGGCAACCUACACCACUCAGGUCAUGACACCCAAGCAGGUGCCUGCCCUCCCAGAAGGUUUGCCUGUGCUACUUGAAAAGCGCAUUGGAGACCUUCGAACAGCUGCCAAGAUGUUUGACGAAGAAGGCAGGAAGAAGUUUUUCACACAAGACAUGAAUAAUAUUCUUCUGGAUAUUGAGCUACAGUUACAGGAGGUGAAUCCUGCCAUCCGCAAUGGAGUGUACUCACACCUGGAGGCUUUUGUGCCUUGCAAUAAGGAUACACUGAUAAAGCGCCUGAAGAAGUUACACCUCAAUGUCCAGGAUGACCGCUUGAGAGAACCAUUGCAGAAGCUGAAACUGGCUGUCAGUAAUGUCAUGCCUGAGCAGUUAUGCAAGUAUCAAGAAGACUGUCAGGCCCGCAAUCAAGCCAAGAAUGCCAAGUUGCAAGCAGAAGAUGAACGAGAGAAAAAUGGAUCGGAGGAAGAUGAUGAUGAGAAACCUGGAAAGAGGGUAGUUGGACCCAGAAAGAAGUUUCACUGGGAUGACACACUGAGGUCUCUGUUGUGUAAUCUUGUCAAGAUCAAGCUGGGAUGCUAUGAGCUAGAGCCAAAUAGAAGUCAGUCUGCUGAAGAUUACCUCAAAACCUUUAUGGAAACAGAAGUGAAACCACUUUGGCCUAAAGGCUGGAUGCAGGCAAGGAUGCUUUUUAAAGAAAGCCGAAGUGUUCACAAUCACCUCACUUCUGCUCCGGCAAAGAAGAAGGUGAUUCUGGCCCCUAAACCCAAAGUGAAGGACUCCAGUCCAAAAAAAGAACAGAAAACCUGUAUGUCUUUUGUCAAUUCAAGUUGUGCUACUGUACUGAGUUCCAGUGCAGCUGUGUGCACCCCAGGCAGCUCUACCUGCACAGCCGCUCCAGAGACGAUCUGCUUGGAUGACUCACUGGAUGAGGACCUCUCUUUCCACCCACCCUCACUGGACUCUGUUUCUGACGCUCUGGCAGUUAUCAAUAAUGGUGCCAAGGGAUCACCUCUUGGGUCCACCAUAGACACACCAACAUCCAGACCUCGCCCUGGGCUGAGGGAAGAGAAACUAGCAAGCAUUAUGAGUAAGUUGCCUCUGGCAACUUCAAAGAAAGUAGAGCCCACUCAAACAUCCCAUUCAUCAAGUCUUAUUGCUGGUCACACAGGGCCAGUACCAAAGAAGCCCCAGGACUUAGUUCACACUGGUAUCUCUUCAGGCCUUAUUGCUGGAUCUUCAAUUCAAAAUCCCAAGGUUUCUUUAGAGCCUUUGCCAGCCAAAUUACUUCAACAAGGACUACAGAGGUCAAGUCAGAUCCAAGCUGCUUCCUCCUCUUCUCAGACUCACAUUUCUUCCUCUAAGACUCAAACAGCUAUUUCCACCUCCUCUCAAAGAACCAAGGAUGCUAAUAUCUUGGUGUCAUCUGCUGAGGCUCAAGGUGGUACUUCCUCAACAUCACAAGUGCCAAAGGUGCACCAGCAUUCAGCUGUACAACAGAAAUAUGUAUCUCCCUUACAAGCAACUAUCAGUAAAUCACAGACUAAUCCUGUGGUGAAAUUGAGUAGUAAUCCCAAACUCUCUUGCUCAUCACCAGUCAUCAAGGCUCAAGAUAAGUCUGUAGUAUAUCGUCUGCCUUUGUCUAAUCCCUCAUCUAGUGGCUCUCAAGUGUGUCACCCACUGGUUUCUCGGACAACAUCCAGCACCUCUACCUCUAGUAACUAUUUAGCUAAGGCUAUGGUGUCACAAGUUUCUUCCCAGGGUUUCAAGCCUCCUUUCUCCAUGGCUGCCUCUCCCAAACCUGCUGCCUCUCCCAAGCCCACUUCAUCUAAGCCCUCUGUGACACCCAAGCCCAAUGUACCGCCUAAAUUUUCAUCCAAGUCCACCUCAUCCCCCAGGCCUGCAACAACACCCAGUUCUUCCAGUUCAAGUGCACUAGUUUCCCAGAGUAGUCACUCCAGCAACAACCUCCUUCAUAAACAGACCAGUGGUGUAAAUAUCAGCAAGCAGUCUCCCACAGUGAAUUUGCUGUCUUCUAAUCGCACCUCAGGCCUUCAGCCUGCAAAAAACCCUCAGGCUUCUUCAAAAUUGCCCAACUCUUCUCUUUCUGGAACUGCUGGUAAAAAUAAUCUGGGUGGAGUUGGAAUUAAUGUACCUGCCAGCAGAGGCAGUAAUCUUAACUCAAGUGGAGCUAGUAGGACUAGUCUGUCUGGGGGAGCAGGAAGUGGAACACAGGGUGCUAACAAACAAUUGUCAACUCCACACAGACCAUCUUCUGCCUCAGGGUCUCCAGUUGUAGCAGCCAGCGUGCAGUCAACAGCAGGAGCAUCGUUACUGGCUAAUGCCUCACCUCUGACUCUCAUGGCAUCACCCCUGUCUGUAACCAGUCAGAACGUGACGUCUGCAGCAUUAACUCCUUUUGGGAUGCUGGGUGGCCUUGUUCCUGUGACUGUGCCCUUCCAGUUUCCCUUGGAGCUGCUUGGCUUUGGGACUGACGCAGCUGGAGUGACAACCACCUCGGGAUCUACCUCAGCGGCUUUCCACCACAGCCUAACUCAGAACUUACUGAAGGGUUUACAGCCAGGUGCUCAGCAUGCAGCAACACUGUCUCACUCACCUCUGCCUGCUCACUUGCAGCAAGCUUACACAGCUACAGAUGGAGGCCAAAGCAAAGUGGACACUAAGCUACAGCGGAAAAACCAGUGACUUCUGGACGAGCAAGGGAGCUGAAGCAGUUCUGGUUGGCUGACAGAAUCUGCCCAGUUGGGAAAGUGCUUAUUGUCACAGGGCUGCUGUUUCUGUCAAUGUUUACAUAUUCUGAUCCUAAGCACUGUGGUGAGAGGAAGAAGAAAAAUAAAACAAUACUUGAUCAAAGAGAGAAGGAAAAGGAGGACAGGUCCUCCUGGUCAUGCAGAUUGGUCAAAGCUUGAUAUUGCCUAAAGAAACAACCUUUUUUAUCUUCUCUGAUUGGCUCUUAAAAAAAUUGAUGGUCAAACCCACAGCAGCACCAACAUUUUGUUUCUGGGUAAAGUCCAAUGAAGAGUGGAAAUGGUGAAAGGAGCUAGAAUAGGUUUCUCCAUUCAUUGCGUAAGUGGGAAUCACCCACUUCCUUAGUGCCCAAAGUUCCCGGUGUUAGAUUAUGUGUAGGUCCUGAGUGUACUAUACAGUUGUGGACCAAAGGUUAUGUAGAAUAGAGAUGGUGCUGGGAUACUUGGCAUAAUAAUUAAACCUUUAGACUAAAACAGUUUCUGAUAAUGGGCAUUUAUCGAGCUUAAAAGGCUGCUUGGCUUUAGGGAGCCUGCAGAUGUAUGCAGUCUUGAUAGAGAAUUGUCUUCAGAAACAGAUCUCCUGGUACGUCAAUAUGUGAGACACAGACUAUUCGAUUUAUUUUCAGAGGGUUUUUUAGUACAAAAGUUCUUAUUCAAGGGAGGAAGGGGAUGGAAAUUCAUUUACAUGAAAAGAACCCCACAUUUUAUUAGCCGGACUAACAUUUUUUCCUGCAUUUUUUUAAGUCAUAGUGAUGUUUCAGUAUUUCCAUUUGUUAAAUUUCAUUUUACCUUGUGCUUAUUUGCUACUGAAAAGAUACACUAUUCAUGUCUUUCAUAAACCACAACCAGUUCUUUUCUCAUUCUCAGGCUUCAUCUUUUAUCUAACUCUUCCCAGAAGCCAUGCAUUACAUUGAUUCACUAGUUAAAGAAAGCUGAUUUGACCUAUCCCAGAGUCAGAUUAAUACUGCAUCAGGCAUUAGCCAAAGAGGAGUCGCUCAAAAGCGACCAGAGGUGCCUUCUCUUCUGGGGGCUGAAUGGGUUGUUUCCAGCAUUUCCAGCCCCUGCUGGCCUAGGGAGUUUGACCUGAACUCUUUCGUACAUGGUAGCACAAGACUGCAGAGCUGGCUUUGUUGGUUUUUUGUGAGGGUUUUUUGUGGGGAUUUUUUGUUGUUUGUUUUGUUUGGCUUUUGGGUUUUUUUGGUUUUGUUUUGUUCUGUUUUUUGGUUUUUGUUUUGUUUUUUCUUUGAUAGCAAUACAUCAACCAGUUCACAUGUAAGAUUAGGGAGCAUCCAGCACAUGUUGCACUUUUGACACUAUGACAGAACUUUGCUUUUGAGUCCCUUGUGCUGUCAGAUAAAAGGUGAGAAUGGCAGAAACUAGAAUAAGUCAUAGGGAAAAGGAGCAAAUAAACCAGUAUGAUGCCUUUCUCCUUCAACCCUGAAAUAUUCCUUUGACCAGAGAUGCUGAAAUUCUUAGUAAAGUUUUUCUGGUAGUUUGGCUUGAGAUUGAACCAGACACUACUGGUUGUCUCACACCUUUUAGAGAGACUUUGACCCCUGAAUAGUGAAUAUUCAAUAUUUUUUGCUAGCUUACUUAGAGCUUGCAGGUUUCUUUUACAUGUGAUUUAUUUUUCUUAGAUCAGACAACAAUUUCUUUUCUAUUUAGAGCUCAUUUUAAUUUUAUAUAAAUAUAUAUACAUAAAUUUAAAAUAAUAUAUAUUGUGUAUUUAGUAUAAAAAUGUUGGGUUGAGCUCAGCAAUAAAUGUUUUUGCACAACACUUGUGAAAGGCAGAUUGAAUUAAGAUGCAUUAGUUCAUUCGUUUCACUCCACAGCAUCUGCCAAUUAAAUGCUUUUUAGCUGGCACUAAUGUUUUGUAUGUGGUGUGUUGAUCAGAUAAGCUUGCAUCUCCAUUGUGGUUUAAAGUUGAAACACAUACAGCUGUGUAGACCCUGGCAUCAGUACUGCACAAACUCUGUCAAAAUACCUUAAACUAUUUAGAGUGCAAGCUUCAUCUGACACUUUUUUCUUUUCUCCAGGAAGGGUUGAAGGAAGCCAACUUUGAGGCCCAACAAUUCUAGCAGGAUGUUAAUUCUCUGAACUGUGUCAAACCUGAGAACUUUAAUGAUGCACGUAGCUAAGGGAGUUGCGGCAGUGAGCCUUUGGGCAGCAAUAUAUUUAAAGGACCCUGUCCUAAGAGAGUUCUACCUCUUCUGUGUUUUCCUCAUUAAGGCAUCCCAUUCAAAUUGUCAUCUUUGUCUUCAUACUUAGUAAAAUUGUAGACUGGGAGACUUGGAGCCCUUUAUAACUACAGCACAAAUUCCCUUUCAACCUUCCUUUCUUCCUGGAAGUAUAUUUCAUAUUCAAUUGAAGAAUAUCCUCUCUAAAGCUUGAGGGUAGGAAUAGUCCUGCCUCUGUGUCCUAUUGAGCUUCUCAGUCUUGGGAAACAAGUAAAAUAAUACUUAUUGUGGAAAUGAGAUAGUAGGAUGAUGAAAAUAAAGGUGACCAUACAUUGUUUGUGACUUCAGUUCAAACAACCCCACCCCAGCAGGUAACUGUUUUCAGUCAUUACACUCCUGUUAGCCAUUACACUGCUGAGCAUCUUUUGAAUCAACAACAUUGGGGAUGGGGAUCCUUUACUUGGUGUUUACUAUUCUCCCUAGUUAAACCUAGCAAGGCCAGAUCAAAGGAAAUAAUAGGAUGGUUCCCAGAGACCUUUGCAGGUAGCAUAAAGAGGAUGGGAAAGAUUACUGCAAUGUUCAAAUGCAAAAUUAGGUUGAUGUCUUACUAUUUACUGCACAGAAAUUCUUCUGAAGAUGUUUUCCCCCCCAUUUCUCCCCCAGGUUUUUUCUUGUUUUUAAGGGCCUUUGCUAAUAAAUAAACUGUAGUUGUACAUACUAAAUUAACCCUCAGUAUUCACAAGCAAUAAAAAAGCCAAGUAGAGCUGUCUUUUCCAGACAGCGGGGCUGAACUUGGUUUGGGGACUGUAUAUGAGCUAACAUGUCAAGCUCUCUGAAAGCCCCAAACAAAUGCAAGCAAUAACUUCAAACAAGGUUUCAGAUGUUGAAACUGUCUGGGUAGUAUUCCCUGCUACAUGAUCCAAAGUCCCAAAAAUCAUGGUAGCUAUUUUAAAUCAUUAGAGACUCUUGCAAGGAAAGAAGGCAGGCUAGAUGAAAAACAGGGUGCAGAGUUUCCCAAUACCUUGGACUAUAACUGCCGUGUUCUCCCAUUCCAAGAUACAAGUGGCCUAAGUCACGUUGUCCAGCCUUCUCUCUUGAUUUGAGAAACAUGUCUAAAGACUGAUCAACUGAGUCAGAAGUGCGGAUGCUGUGGGUUUCACAUCUGUUUUCUGCUAAUCAGAAGUAACAUUUAAGUUACUUGGGUUCUGUUUGUGUUUGAAUCUGAUCAAAGUUGUCUGAUGCACGGAUUUAGGAGUGGGACAGGUGCUAAAAGCUUGUUCCUUCCUGCAAUCUCAUCAUCUGACCCUUCCUCCACACUCCUUCUCCAGUUGGUGCAAGACCAUGAGGACAUGAAAACAGAGAAAUCUGCAACUCUCCCAAGCUGCCAUCAGUUGUGUGAACCAGUAACCCUCUGGGAGUCACCUUGGACUCCAACUAACUUUAUCACAUUUGCUGCUACGUUCAUAAAACGAAAUUUUGGCUGUAUUUAUUAGCAAAUUUUUAAUCUAGUUUA